CAACCGUAACCCAUCAAAACUGUCAAACCAAAGGGGUAGAGGUUAGAAUAAAUACCGGACGUUAAAAAAGGGGCUGUUUUAGUGUUUUCCAAUACUCAACGAUGACCGAAACGAGUAGGUUAGCAAUGGGCCCGAAACCCGGGGUAAAUUACCCUCUAGACGUUUUAUAUUGCGGAAAUUGUAGUAUGCCAAUUGAGUAUUGCGAGUAUUAUCCCGAAUAUGAGAAGUGCAAACAAUGGCUGGAACGUAAUUUACCGUCAGAGUUCGAAAAAAUUAAGGUGAACGAUGACACGACCGAAGGUGGCGGGGACGAAGAGAAGAAGAGGCAAAAACGCGGUGGCAAGGGUAUGAUGAAAACGAAGAAAAAGGAUGAUGGUCCUAAACAAGUUUGCGUUUCGAGAGCACCUCGUGGUAAGAAGAAGUCUGUUACCGUUGUAACUGGUAUGAGUAGUUUUGGUAUUGAUCUAAAGGUCGCAGCCAAGUUUUUCGGUACUAAGUUUGCAUGCGGUUCAUCGGUUACAGGUGAUGACGAAAUAGUAAUACAGGGAGAUGUUAAAGAUGACUUAUUCGAUGUUAUUCCUGAAAAGUGGCCAGAGAUUGAUGAAGAUUUUAUCGAAGAUUUAGGAGACCAAAAGCGAUAAAUUAAUGUUGUGUUGAGUUUAUGUAGCUAUUUCUUUGAUAAUUAUGUUUUUAUUGCAAAAUAAAUGAUUUUCCUAAUUUAAGCUUC